AUGGAGGAGAUGGAGAUUGUUCCCUGGGCGGAGGCGUUCCUUGAUGAGUACCGGUUGCACCAAUCGGAAGGCGAGGAAAAUCAUUUAACGGGGGAUACCCAAAUUUGGAAAAGGCCGCAGGAGGGGAGGCUGAAAAUUAACACGGACGCGGGCAUUGGAGAUGAGGGUGUAGGGCUGGGUGUGGUGGUUCGAAAUCAUAUGGGAGAGUUUGUUAUGGCAGCUGCGAAGCAGGUGAGGGGAAUACAGGAUCCGACAAUGGGGGAGGCACUCGCUGUCGAGUUCGGGUUACAGCUGGCGCGACAACACCAUAUGGUGAGCCCGAUUAUGGAGGUGGAUUGUGUGAAUGUGGUGGCAGGGGUCAGACGAGCGGCAGGGAUACAAACCGAGCUAGGGGUGAUCUGCAGGAAUAUCAGUAAGCUGCUAGAGGAGACAGGAGGGGGGACGAUCCAACAUGUCAGUCGAAAGGCUAAUGAAGCUGCGCAUAUUAUGGCGCAUGUUAGAACUUUAUGGGAUAGAGCGGAAGUUUGGUUUGAUAGGCCUCCGCUGAUUCUGCUUGAUCAGCUUAAAAUUGAUGAUGUAACUUUUCCAUAUCAAUAA